AUGACUACUCAUCGUGCUGACGCCAGCUCGUUUCUCGACAAUCGCGGAUACAGUGGUCCGUUGGUGAGAGGUGUCAACCCGAUCACCCUUUUCGAGAAAGCUGUGCGCGACCGCAUCACGGAUUCUUAUUAUUGGAAAGAACAGUGCUUCGGAUUGAACGCGGCUACGCUGUGCGAUCGUGCAGUUGAGCUGUCAUCUAUUGGUGGUACAUACGGUGUCUCCGAAAGACCUACGCCUUUCCUUUGCCUCGCCUUCAAGCUUCUACAGCUCAACCCCGAUCGCAAUGUCAUCCUCGAAUACCUAAAUUUCUCCGACCCCGGCAGUGACGAGGAAGGCGAAGACAAUGGCGUGGUUAAGGAUCGUGGUGACUUCAAGUACCUCCGCGCUCUGGCAGCCUUUUACGUUCGCAUCACAUUCGACGCUGCAGAGGUUUACAAGACCUUAGAACCGCUCCUACUCGACUACCGGAAAAUCAAGCGCAGGAUACGAGACACGUUUGCCUUGACAUAUAUGGAUCAAUUCGUCGACGAUCUUCUCACUAAGGACCGUGUCUGUGGUACCAGCUUAUGGAAGCUACCUCCACGACAGCAGCUAGAGGACCUGGAUAUGUUGGAUGAGCGAGUCAGCCCGCUCGAGGGAGAAUUGGAGGAGCUUGAUCGGGAUAGUGACGAUGGGAAAAGUGACGAGGGGCAUGAAAACAGUGACAGAGAAUCUUCUGGAAAGGGAAACGAGGAAGACGACUGA